AUGAAAGCCUUCGACUUCACAGUCUCUAAGAAGUUUACAUCUAAUUUUACAGACCAAGACUUAUUAGGACAAGCUCUUGAAGAUGCCUUGGAGGUGUUACAACAACAUUCAGAUGGUGACUUAAAUUAUGCGCCAGAAGGCUAUCAGAGCUGCCUGGCAUACCACCACCAUUCUCUCCAAACAAGUCCCAGUUACUUGGGAGAGUCAUCUACAGAACAACGAACACACAGUUGGAGGACUAUGAUAAAGACUGAAGCAGACUUGUAUCCAGACAGAGCUGUCUACCAUACCCUGCAGACUGUUCCAGACAAUCAAGGGAUGUGUACUACACCUUUACAGAAAAAGGGUGGCAAAGGCAGGAAAAAACUGCGCCUCUUCCAGUAUCUUCUUGAAUCUCUUCAUAACCCAGACAUGGCAAAUUGCAUCCAGUGGAUAGAUGAGUCCAAUGGUGUCUUCCAGUUUGUUUCCAAAAACAAGGAAAAAUUGGCAGAACUAUGGGGGCUACGCAAGGGAAACCGAAAGACUAUGACUUACCAGAAAAUGGCCAGAGCUCUGAGGAAUUAUGGAAAAACAGGAGAAAUAAUUAAAAUUCGAAGGAAGUUGACUUACCAGUUUGGGGCUAUGGUUUUGCAAAAUCUUUCUCCAACAGGCUUUUUGGAGGCAAAUGAAAUUAUUGAUCAGUAUGUCCAAGAUGAUGAAGAACACCAGUAUGCAAAUGACUGGUUUUCUUAUUAUCACAUGUACAAGAAGGGUCAUGAACUACAGCAGACUAACAGCAGUGCCAUCCCAUUUUGUCAUGGCUUUUAG